CUGUAAUUCCACCUCCUAGAAGACUAAGUGGACUAGAAGGUGUUUCUUAUCCAUUUGUAUUUACAUCUUCUAAUCAACCACGUCCUCAAAGAGCCAACAUCGGAGGCAUAUCCCAUUUAUCAGGGAUACGUGGAAUUCAUACUUAUUCAGGUGAAAGUGGAGAAAAUCAACAUAUUGUUACAUCCAGAUCAAAUACUCAAAACGGAGCAAAUGAUUUAACUGGUACAACACAAGAAAUUACACAAGGUGAACAAGCAAGCUCUGAAACAAAUAGAAAUCCUACUUCUGGUAGUAAUAGUA